ACGUGGAUGACAACCUGUAUGCGUCUACUCUCUUAUGCCUGUCUUGUCUGCGUCGGGUAGCUGAGUGCACGUACAGCGGCCGUCUUGCGCUGGACAUAGAGGAGGUUGAUUCGUCUGUCACUUUUCUGGACGCACACAUCGUUGGCACACACGAGCAACCACACAUACAACACACCAGUCGCAACAGUGAGCGUGUGGACACGCUGGCCGACAUGCGUGUGACGCGUUUUUUGCCGUUCCUUGGCCGUGUUCAAGGGGAGGUCAGAAGUGUGAGGGGCAUGUUUCAUGGACAUGUGUUGCGUGCGUUGGACUGCUCGCCAUCCAUUCAGGCAGCUUCGGCGGCGUUGCGUAGGGUAGUAAUUGAGUGGCUGCUGAUGGGCUAUCCGGCUGACUUGCUGUACAGAUUUGCAUGUGCGACGCCUGUCGUGCAUCCACUAGUGGGUGUCCUGCGUGUUGCUUUGCGUUCUCUUUUGUGCGCACAAUACAACCGGGCCUGACGUUAUGGCUGCGUGUAACGUGUCCACCGUCUCGUAGAUCGCGUGCUGCCUUCUCCGCGUUGCUUUUCGCCCUCUCGCUGCUGUAUAACACCCUCAUGGGCCCUGUGAUCGGUUUCUCUUUCGCGUGAGUCGCCUAUCUACCUCUCUGGUAUGCAUGCGCGUGGAAACACGCAAAGGGACGAGGGCACGAAAGUGGACGCAUAUUCGUUUGUUCGUGUGUGGGCUGUGCGCGGCCGUUGUGCUUUCGUCGUGGUGUGGUGUGGCAGGUUCCUUUUCACACUCUUCUGUCGCGUCGCUGUUCCCUGUGGGUGCUCUCACAACACUAUCUGGUGCGCAAGCGUACACACACGUACGAGUGCACACACUGACUGGAUGGCUGGUAUGCACGUGGUCACUAUCCUGUUGGUGUGCUGUUCGUGUGGUGCCUCUGGCAGGCUGUUCAGCGCACCACUCUAUCGUAUCGCUUUUCGUUCGAGUACUCUUCACACAGUCUGGUGCGUAGUUGGACAGACAGACGUACCACCACGACACACACAGCUUGUCCGUCUGUCUGUCAAUCUAUCUGUCCGUCUGGCUGGCUGUGCAUGCAAUGUCCUCAGGCGUGUUGUUUCCUUUUGCCGGUCGUCUGCGAGUUUGGCAGCGGCAGUUCCCUGCCUUGUCAACGCUCACAGCGCCCAUUGGUUGAGCUCGCUGCAUGACCGGCACUGCCUAGUGGACAUUCACGUUUGAC